AAAAAAAAAAAAAAAAAAAAAAGCAGAAGAAAAGCAGACAUUUGGCAAGAAAGUUAAGCAAAAUGCUUGUAUAAUAAAUUAAGCAAAAAGAAAAAGAGGCAGCGGCAGGAUGGUGGGUGGCGGCGGGAAACGCAAGCCUGGCGGGGAGGGGCCGCAGUGUGAAAAAGCAGCUGCCGUGCAGAAGAGUAAAUCCUGUGCAGCUGAUGUCCCCAGUGACCUGCGAGAAAAAGUAGAACGUCAUUACAGGCUUUCUCUGCCUGAAGAUUUCUAUCACUUCUGGAGGUUCUGUGAAGGUCUUGGUCCUGAGAAGCCAGCUGAUUCACUUUCUGCAAACCUUGGACUUCGGUUAGUAGGCCCUUAUGAUAUCCUGGCCGGGAAACAGAAAAUGAGGAAGUCAGCAAGCCUGAAUUGUAAUCUCCACUGGAGAUUUUACUAUGAUCCUCCCGAGUUCCAGACCAUUUUUGUUGAAGAUAAUAAAACUCAGUUCCACAUGGGGUAUUUCAGGGAUUCUCCUGAUGAACUUCCAGUACUUGUUGGUAGAAAUGAAGCAAAGAAAAGCUGUACAAUUGUUCAAAAUGGAGAUAACAUGUUUGGCAAAUUAUUUUUGAUGAAAAAACUUAAAGAAGUAACAAAUAAGAAGAAAACUAGUCUUCUGAAAAACAUAGAUGAGAAGCUCACAGAAGCAGCCCAAGAACUGCGGUUCUCCCUGAAACAGAACACGAAGAUGCGACAGAGAGAUAAGAGGGUUGUGGCAAAGACCUUUCACCGGGCAGGCUUGGUUGUCCCAGUGGAUAAGAAUGAUGUUGGGUACCGAGAGCUCCCUGAAACAGAUGCCAGCCUCAGGAGGAUCUGCAGGACCAUCGCCAGUGCGCCCAGUGAUGACAAGAGGCUCAGGGCGUUUGCUCCUGUUCGGGAAAUGGUGACGUUCAUGCAGUUUGCUAAGGAUGAAUGCGAUUAUGGGGUGCGGCUAAAGCUGGGGACCGACCUCUUCUGUCAUGGUUCCCAGUAUUUUCAUGAAGUUGCUGGACAGCUUUUACCUCUUGCAUAUAAUCUGUUGAAGAGGAAUCUCUUUGCAGAAAUUAUUGAAGACCAUCUGGCACACAGAAGUACAGAGGACGUGGACAAGCUCGCAGCAUGAGUGCAGUGGCCUUUCUUUGGUGUACAGUACUUCAAAGCAUUAGUAUUAGAUGUGAUUUUUUGUUUUUAAGAAAUACAGAAAAUAAAUCGAUGGAAACACUU